GAGCCCACUUUUCAGUUGCGAGAGAAGUGGCAAGUCCUGUAGUCGUGCGGUUUUGCAAGUGCCUAUAUCAAGUGAACCUAUUAAAUUGGAAAACAUGUCGGAUGAUAUCGUUGAAAAUGGACACGAGGAGAACGGAGAUGUUCCAGAAAUUGAGCUGAUAAUCAGGGCUUCUACAAUCGAUGGAAGACGAAAAGGAGCGUGCCUGUUUUGCCACGAGUACUUCAUGGAACUGUACCUGCUGGCCGAACUGAAAACCAUCAGCCUCAAAGUGACCACAGUCGACAUGCAGAAGCCACCACCUGAUUUCCGCACCAAUUUCGAAGCAACCCCACCGCCCAUUUUGAUCGACAGAGGCUUGGCUAUAUUGGAAAACGAAAAAAUUGAGAGACACAUCAUGAAGAGUGUACCUGGCGGCCACAAUCUAUUCGUACAGGAUAAAGAAGUAGCAACCCUCAUCGAAAACCUCUACACCAAAUUCAAGAUCUACAUAACGAAAUACGAGUCAACAGAUACCAACGAAGCCAGUCAACCGUUGCUGUCUCAACUAAUGAAGAUCAACGAUUUCCUAGCCAAAAGAGCCACCAGGUUCCUCACAGGAGACACAAUGUCCUGCUUCGACUGUGAGCUGAUGCCCAGGCUGCAGCACAUCCGCAUUGGGGCCAAAGCCUUCCGAAAUUUCGAGAUCCCCACCAAAUUCUCAGCCCUUUGGCGAUACAUGUUCAACAUGUACGAGCUGGAAGCCUUUAGGCAGAGCUGCCCCGCAGACCAAGACAUCAUCAGCCACAUCAAGAACCAACUGGGCCUGAGGACCAAAGCCCGAAUAGAACUCGAGACCCCAGUCUACAGUACCUCAAUACCCAUACUGAACGAGGCGUAAUGUGUGUAGAGGUCUUCCUCUUCGAUAACCCUAAUCAAUGCCCAGAGCAUUAUUGUUUUUAGAACUUUAUUUUUUCAUUUGCUUGUUAUUUCUGUUGAAGACACAUCGACGUUGAAAAUUGUGGUUACCCAUACUGUUUGAGUUGCCCGUGAAAUUGUUGUUAUCGAAAUUUGUAGCUUUUCUAAAUUUAGGCAUUAAAAUAGAUGUAAAAUUUUAUACGAGGAGCGCGUUUGAUACUUGUAGUUUUGUAAGCUUCCCAAGCUUCUAUAUACCUACCUAAUCUGUCAUCGCAAACCAUGCAAUUGUGGUAAUUUAGUUUUAUCUACUUAUUUUCAUCCAACAUUUUCAUCGAUCAUUAUUGUUGAUGUUUAUUUUUAAAUUCAUGAAGCCAAAUUGGAUGUUCGUUAAGUUUUAAUCUUUCAAUAAUUCUGAUUCUAGAAUUUAAUAUAUUUGAAUUCAAUAUUACAUAGGAACGAAUGCCUUUUUUACUAGUUCACAUCUGUAUAUAUUAACUUAUACUUUCAGUAUUCAAUUCAAUGUAUCCUUUUUUUUUUUGAAUUAGUAAAAAUGUGUUUCAGUUCGGAAUUUAUCCCCUGAAUAACUUGAUUCAAAAUGGAUUCCAGGUUUUUAUUGUUGUCAAAUCAUCAGAACUUUACGUUUUCUACAGGUUUUUUAUCCUACUGGAUUUGAAUAACAAUAGGUAGAUUUUUUUUGAGUCAUAUGUUAUAUAUUUUUGCAUAUGAAUAAAGGUAUGAAAAACAAA